ACUAAAGGAAGAUCUCUUGCUGCUCAACCGCCAAAGAGAUGUGGGACAAGCUUGAGGUAAUGCAUGAAGGUACGGAUCAGGUACAUGAAGCAAAAAUAUACUUUCUCACCCAAGAAUAUGAGAUGUUCAAGAUGAAGGAAGGUAAGAAGAUCGAUGAUAUGUUCUAUCUCUUCUCUAAGAUCAUCAACGAUCUUCAUGCGUUGAAGAAAAGCUAUUCCAACAAGGAUCUAGUGACGAAGAUCCUGUGAAGCUUGACUCUCGAAUGGCGCUAAAAGUCCGAUGCCAUCUAGAGUCAAUCGGCAUUUCCAAUGUCACCAUCGAUGGACUAAGAGAUAUUCUCAAAACUUACAAAUCUACUAUACUUAACCCGUCUUUGGAUGAACAAAGGAAAAAGGGGAUAGCACUCAAAGCCAUCAAGGAAUCGGUGGAAGGAGAAUCAAGCGAUGAGGAUAAUGAGUUCGGGCUUGUUAUCACAAAAUUCCACAAAUUCAUGAGGAAAGAAUUUCAGCACAAAGGGAAGAAGCAAGAUGGUCCCCCGAAGUGCUAUGGUUGUGGCGACAUUGGCCAUAUCAAGCCAAGAUGUGCAAAAGCCAAGAACGGCAAGGACAAACACAAGUUCAAGAAGCAAAGAGCCUACAUUUCUUGGGGUGGUGAUUUCGGUGAUGAGUCAACCGACCAAGAGGAAGAUGAGGCUGCAAAUCAUUGCCUCAUGGCACAUGAAGAAGCAAACAACGACGUGCAAGAGAUUCAGAUAUGGACUUGGAUAAACUUGAUGAGAGUGUUCUUCAAUGGAGCGGCGCUAGGAGACGAUCUCUUGUUUUAGGAACGGGUUACAAAUGUGAGAAAAUCAGAGGUCUAAACGGAUGCGUGAUUUGAAUUUCUGGCGUGCGGCUAAAUGUGAGAAAGGAGAAGGUUUCUCAUUUGGAAAAGGAUACACAAAUGGGCUGGGCUUACAAACUUUUAAAUAAAAUACAAAGUAUAUU